CGUGCUGCUCAUUACCAGCGCGGCGCUCAGUGCGGCUCAAGGUGAAGGCUGCUGCUCCUCACCGCGACUCUUCAGGGAGAAUCCACACGGCCAGCCUUCCCAAAACAUAAACAAUGACUUAUUCCAACGCAUGAACUCCAACAAUCAUCCUUCCUGGCUGUUCUGACCCUUCAAACUCGAAUAAAACCUCUUUUAGACCACUCCAGAGAAGUGCGCGCAGGGCGCACGGCGGGGACGCAUCAUGCACUGUCAAGCCGAGCUGAGGCUCUCCUCCCCCGGCCAGCUGAAGGCUGCCAGGCGGCGCUACAAGACGUUCAUGAUAGACGAGAUCCUCUCCAGGGAAACGUGUGAUUAUUUUGAGAAACUCUCUCUCUACUCCAUGUGUCCGUCUCUCAUCGUUCGACCAAAACCUCUUCAUUCACGUCCGGGUUCUUCAUCGCUGCAUGCUUACCCACUCCUGUCUGUCAUCACAAGACAGCCGCCCAACCUGCAGCCCCACCUGCCUCAGCCGUCCUCACCAGGCGUGCUGCACUCCCACCUGCCCCUGAUCUCCCCGCAGCCCCCGAGAGGCUCAGAUGCCUCGCCCAGCCAGACGCCGCUCAGCAUCAGCAGCGAGUCGGAAACAGAGCGCAGCACGCCCCGCCUGAAGAAGCCUCGCCGCAGCCGCACCAUCUUCACCGAGCUGCAGCUGAUGGGCCUGGAGAAGAAGUUCCAGAAGCAGAAGUACCUGUCCACACCUGACAGGUUAGACUUGGCUCAGUCCCUCGGUCUCACACAGCUUCAGGUGAAAACGUGGUAUCAAAACAGACGUAUGAAAUGGAAGAAGAUGGUGCUUAAAGGAGGUCACGAGGCCCCAACUAAGCCCAAGGGAAGACCUAAGAAGAACUCCAUCCCUACCACAGAGGAAAUAGAGGCCGAAGAGCAAAGAGUGAGAUUGGAGGAGGAGGAGAGGAUGAGGAGGGCGUCUGAGGAGGUGGCUCAAUCAGCAGGGUCAUCUCCACUGGAACCUCAAGACCUCAGUCUGGAAAUGCACAGUCCGAGCAGUGAAAUUGAGGGAUGUGAGGGAGAACAGCCACUCCUCAUGUCAGAAACUCACUCAGCCAGCUAAGCAAGAACAAACCAAAGACUAAUGCCAACCUGACAACAAAUAGUGCCUCAGGAUCAGUGUAAAAAGCUUGUUUGGUGUUCAGAGCCAUUUGCUUUAGCAAGACAACCGAAUGCACGGUGAUCCGGUCUUUACCGAGCGCAGCCUUGUAUUUCCGUGUGCCGGCUAAGAUGUGCGGUACGUGCUGGUUGCACUGGUGACCCCGUGACCUUUGGUCCAUGUCAAAAGGAGUGUAAAUCUGUCAAAUCUAAACAGGUCAGUCAAGCCUUUAUCCAAACAUGGAGGCAACAUACAUCACACAGUCAGUUUUUACCUGUAAGAACACACACGCACGCACGCACACACACGCACGCACGCACGCACGCACGCACGCACACACACACACACACACACACACACACACACUUAGCUUUGAAAGCUGCCAAAUAUCCAGAACUGCCUUAUUGUCGUGUCUUUGUAUUACAAACCAGUUUAAUACCAAAAACCUGUAAGGUCAGACAGCUCUAGUGCCUUCCUGGUCUCAGAGGAAAUCUUUGAACUCGUUGCUAAAUCAGUCUAUUUUCUACGAACAUGUGCCAUAUUUGAAGACAGAUUUUUACCGUUUAAGAGAAACUUUUAUGUUCAGGUUGUACAGCUUGUUGACGAGAAAUCUGUUUAUUAUUAGCUCUGUAAAAUUAUUGUUUGUGCAUUUGUAUUUUCUUUAAAAGAUAAAAAAAUAUAAAUAUAAGACAUAUAUAAAUAAAUAUUUGACUGCUGUUUCAAAUUGGAUUAACAUAGUUUCUAUGUUUCCACCAUGCCUGAGCUAUUUUUUUGAGGGAGUAAGGAUGAUUUUCAGUUACGAGGGCAGCGAGACUCUUAAGCUGUCAUGAUUCAUUGAUGGGAUAAAUCACCGCCUGUGCCAGAAGUACACGGUAAAUGUUGAGCAUUUAAACACUCAGAUGUUUUCUCCCUGCGGGCUUCACAUGAGCACCCCAAUCGGUAUGCUAGACCUGCAUUAACACAGCACCGUCUUCAGCUCCCUCCCCCCUACUUUAAUUUCCCCAGAUACAUUGUAAUUUUAUGGAGUUUUAUUGGUGUGUGUUCUCAUUGUUUAUAUGACAAGUGCAGUAUUUUCCAGAUGUAAAUUAUGCUUGUUUUGCUGACUUUUUUUAGGUCGUCAUAAAAUUAUUUUGGUAUAUUCUAGUGUGUGUUUAUGUAUUGAAAUGCACAUAAUAAAAGAGCUGCCGUUUAAA